UGAAAUAUCGAUUCGAAUGAAAUUUGUUAAAAAUAGUGAUGUUGGUUUUCGUAUGUUUUUCAAUCAACAACAACAACAGCAAAAACAAGAAGAAAAAUAUGCUAUAAUUUAUCCAUAUGAUCGAUUAUUAUAUCGUCAACAAUUAUUUGGUAAACAUUUAUUAUAUGUACCAACGGAUGUUGGUGAAGCAACAUUUUAUAUUAUCAAUUUGAUUAUUGCAACAUCGAAACAAUUUCCAUUUCGUAGACAAUUCGAUCGAAUUAUAGGUCAACUUAUCUGUACAGGAAUUAUAAAUCGAUGGAAAGAUAUUGAAUUAAGAAAAGCUCGUAUUAAUCGCCGAUUCAAUAUUAAUCCAAAUAAUGAUACUGAUAACACAACUGAAGAUAACAAACAAGAAUCAAUCAACGAUAUUGUUCCAGUGAAAAUAUUUCCCAAAUUAACCAUUAAACAUUUAGAAAGUUGA